CGAAUUGGCUUUGCGUAGUGCGUAUGCUCCGUGAAUAUCGUAUGAUCUUGGUAUUCGGACCUCCCCCCUGGCUCGAGCAAGGCUGCUAUCUUGUUCUUCGGCGCCUGCCAAGUUUUGGGAUCAAUACCAUCAUGACGCAAGCCCAGCAUACCCAUGUGCACCGCCGCAUCUUGACUUUGUUGUGAAUGGACUAUAUAUCCGACUUACCCUCGCGCCCACCUGCAAUCGCUACUGGGCUUUCCUUGUAUAUAUCUACGUGACUUCCACUAAUUUGUGCUCCAAGUUGAACACAAGAAUGUCAUCCCUCCAACAUCUACUCAGUGCAGUAGCACUUGGCCUUCUCGCCACCACACAAGCACAAGACAGCAAGAGAGGGUUUGCCUUUAUAGGAGAUACCCAUGCACCAGACAACAGACUUCUAUCAUCCAACAACAGCCCACUAGCGUGGUAUUACAACUGGAGUCCCUACCCAAAUGGCGACCUCAUACCGACAGGCUCACUCGAAUUCGUACCCAUGAUCCACGGCAUCGAUGCGACACAAGAUAGCAGAACAGAACAAGUAAUCGGUGGUCUCGACCAAUCAAGCACACACCUCCUCUCCUUCAACGAACCAGACGGCACAACCGGUAGCGGCGGGACAAGCAUAGACCCCGAAGACGCAGCACGCGCCUACAUCGACUACGUCGUGCCCUUCCGUAACGGCACCCGAGGCGGCCGCAACUGGAAGAUCAGCCACCCCUCCACCACCGGCUCCCCCAACGGCCUGGAGUGGCUCCGCUCCUUCAACUCCUCGUGCUACGACAUCGACCCUGAGAACGGCUGCCCCGCGGACUUCGUCGCCGUGCACUGGUACGGCAACUUCGACGGGCUCGCGGCUUGGGUAGGCACGUUGAAUGAGUUCUACAACGUCAACUCGACUAGGGAUGCGAACCUCACGCUUUGGGUUACGGAGAUGGGGCUGCCGCAGCAGUCGGCCGAUGAGACAGUGGCUAUGAUGAACCAGACGCUUCCGUACCUCGAUGGGCUCGACUAUGUUGAGCGGUACUCCUGGUUCGGUGCGUUUAGAACCGACGACGCCAAUGAGUGGACUGGAGACGGUGUGGCGUUGUUCGAUGACGAUGGCGGUCUUACAGAGCUUGGUGCUCUAUAUAUGGGCCAAGGGUUCCAGGAAGGGCAGAAGGGUGAGGGCGCAGAUUCGGGUGCGGGUCUGAUCAGUGUCAACCUCGCGGCUGUGAUUGCGAUGGGGUUGGUCAGUGUUGUCAUGAUUACCAUGUAGAUUUCUUUACCCUGCAUUUGAGCGUUAGAUUGCAGAUACCCAUGAUUAUGUAAACAAUAUUUACACUCUAUCUGAGA